AUGUCAGGUUACGACGAAGGGUAUACCUUUCCUCCAAACGAUGACUUACAAGUUCCUGAAGAAGAAGAGGGGAAUGAGGAAGUUAAGCCUCAGGACGUGGACUUUUACGCCGUUUUAAAUGUUGCUAAAGAGGCUACUGAAGAUGAAAUAAAAGAAGCAUAUAAAAGAUUAUGCAGAACGUUCCACCCGGAUAAACAUGUAGAUCAAGCAGAUAAGCUAGCAGCUGAGACAAAAUUUCAGGUUAUUCAGAAAGCUUAUGAAGUGCUCGUCGACAAGACAAAACGCGCAAUAUACGAUAUGUUUGGGGAAGAAGGGCUACGCACUUCAUGGGAUGUGGGAAUGAAGCUUAAAACACCGCAAGAGUUGAGAGAAGAGUUCGAGCGACAGAUGAGAGAACGUCGUGAAAAAGAUCUUGACAACCUAGUAAAAUCACGAGGAGACAUUCAUAUAAAUAUCGAUGCCUCACAAGUCUUUUCGCCAAAUAAUCGUGCUUAUCGUCGCAAUCAAAGAUUACCCGCAUAUCCAUCGAGAAGCAGCAAUAAUAUAUUUGACAACUUUGAACUCAAACAAUUAUUCCUUAAACACUCGUUUGAGGUGCCGGUUGAUCCGCAGACACAAGUCUCAAUCAUUGGUCAAAUGGUCACAAGAAAUGGAAUCGGAAGUGGUAAUAUUGUGGGAUCACUACGGCAUACAUUUUCGCCUACUUUCUGGGCUGAGAUUGGAUCAUCAUUCAUUCAACCACGCAUGCUGACAGCAAAAGCGUUUUAUAACAUCGAUCAUGAUAGUCUUACGACGCAAUCUUAUGCAGUGAGUUCACCUCCAAUGAUUGCAGUCACCGCAGGAAGGAGAAUAGGCGCUCGAACAACUGGUUACUUGACAUACAAGACUGGUGCAUGGAGUUUGGGGCCUUGGGGGAGAUAUAAUGAUUCAAUGUUUGCACGGAGAGAAAAGUCGGCUGUGGCUAUUGGACUGAGUCGGGGGGGCGAGAAGAGCGCACUCGGGUUGGAAUUGCAGACAGGAAUUAUACAAUCCCACAUCUCGGCAAACUAUACACGUAGUAUUUUUUCCGACUACCAGCUUCGUACGUCAAUAAUACUCUCCACAGUAGCUGGUCUUACUGCCAUGAUAGCCGGAGAUCGGAAGAUAACGGCGAACACAAAAGCCGGGAUAUCCAUUGAAUUUGGUUAUCCUAAUGGGAUUAUGUACAGACUCAGGGUGUCCCGCCUAGGACAGAGAGUAACCAUACCAUUCAUCAUAUCACCUGACCUUGACCUUAAGCUGGUGUUUUGGUUGACUGCUAUUCCAUUGGCAACAACUAUUAUAUUAGAUCAAGCUAUACUAAAACCACAAAGGAAGAAAAAACGGGCCGAUAAACUCGCAGCAAUAAGAGAAUAUCACGCAGAGCUGAUAUCUACUCGUAAACGCGAAGCAGAGGAAUCGCAGCGCCUGCUUCGACCGACUGUUGAGCGUAAAAUAGCUUCUGAACGUGAAAAGGAUGGUCUAAUAAUCGUCGAAGCUUUAUAUGGAAAUCUAAGAAAAUUAAAUGAUGGCAUCACGACGGAAGGUGGGGAGGUCUUCGAUGUUACAGUGGCUGUUCAGGCAUUAGUUCAUGAUUCACAGUUGGUCAUUCCCGGUGGACGGUCGAAGUCGAGUAUUAUGGGAUUUUACGAUCCGUGUCUUGGAGAGAAGAAACAGUUGAGGAUAAAAUAUUUGUUCAAGCGUAAAGAGCAUGAAGUAAUAAUGGAUGAUACGGCACCCGUUGCAUGUCCGUUGCGCUCCCACAUAAUCUCUGAUACCUGA